AUGGCCGAACCACCCACCUUCAUUAUAGGCCCUCCUGGCUUGGACGUCUGUAACGGCCAAGCUGACCGCACUUCAGUCCAAUCCCCCUUGACCACAAUCCGGCCUGACUGCUUGGUCAUCGGUGUCCUCAAAACAAACUGGGACGGUUUGGAACUUCACCAUGCGUAUAAGCUCCGCGAGUUUCCGGGCGGCUUCAAUCGCAACUUGCUCAACUCGUCUGGAGGCUUGUUUGGCGAUCUGCUCAACAAGACGGGCUCUGCGAGAGGUACCUCUCCUCUGAGCAACACUACCCCUGAGCACCUCUCCUGUCCCCUUCUGCCGGGCAAUCUCCAGCCUACCGCCAAUAUGACUUCUCUGGGCAACGGAUCGGAUGAGUCCGCCACUCCUAAAGCUGACCCCCUCAAGGACAAGGAUGACCUUCCAAAGAAACGAAUUCACCUCUCAUUCAAAGAGUCUCAUAGCAACGCUGAAGAUGGCAGCCAAGUUGGCGAUUCAACCAAGCUAAUGCAAAACCAUCCCGAGAAAAUCUCAGCUUUCAAAGAAGCCACUCGCCCUCCGCCAUCUGUCUUUCCGGAACCUUAUCCAACACCUACCGGACUUCCCGUUCGUUUACCGCCUCACACCCCUGAGAUCCAGGCCCUUGACGAUGUUUACAACCAAAAGGAGCACCCUACCCUUGACAGCAUCGUCGAUGAAGCUGUGGAUGAAAUGACAUCUCUGAUCUUGCAGCAAAAAAUUAGCGACCGCGUGCCUUAUGCUCAGCUUGCGAGUUCGCGAUUGCAGGCCAUCAUGGGAUUGCGGAAUGACUAUCAGUUUGAACUGCCUCAAACCCCAUCUGUGGCUCCGCCUGAGGAGUUGGAGGGAAAGAAAAGCUGCCUUGUGGAGAACACGAAGGGCGUUCAGAGUUCCGACGAAUUUAAAAGCCCAUGCCCAGUCAAAGAUGGGAUAGGAGUUAAGCGUCCGUUUUCUUAUUUCGACUUUUUGGAGCCCAAAGGAGAGUGCAAAGCUGCCACCGCGACCGCUGCCGCCACGGUUUGUACCAUGGUUUCUUCUCCGAUUUCCACCACGGUUUCUGAGACGAAUUCCACCAAAGUUUCGGAGACAAUUUCCACUACGGUUUCCGACACCGCUGCCUUCAUCACCAGGGUCAACAAACCGGAUGGUCCUAUGGAAUUUGCCAAGUGUGUCGAUAAACAGACGGGAAGAGGAUUGCGCAGCUAUCUUCUAGCAAUGGGGAAGAGGUACGGAAUACGGAGGGUUGAAUGCACACACCUCUCGUUUCAUGACUUCCGGCAAGAUCCGCGGACGAAGAAACGUAAGAAGGAUGCAAUGGAUAUCGUGUAUAGGGAGGAGGAUGGAUAUAAGAUUGAGGCUUAUGAGGUCGAUUUGCCUACGGUUCAUACAAAUACCGAAACAGGAAGAAUCUCAGAGGGGCACGAGACUUGGAUCUCAUUCAUGAUCUCCGUCCCGGAACUCAUCCUUAAUUACUAUUAUCACGCCGUACCAGCAGCCUUAUACUCCAACAAAAAAUUGCCAGAAUCCUGGGUCGUAUUCGCACUCCCACUCACCCACUGCGUCCAGUACGGUGUCGUGACAGAAACUUCUUACCCCAAGGAGCCGGUGUACUCUGCUGAGCCCCCUCUGACGGACCCAUCCCCAUCAACACUCUCCAAGGCUAAAGAGAAGGAGCACAAGCGUAUCGAUUUUGACCUAUCCUUCUCAGGGGUCCCUAUUUUCGAGUUCUCGGAAAAGCCAAAGAAGUUCCUAGAAGGCUGGGACAUCUGGUGCAUGAACAACGGCGAAUUGAGCAUGGAGGCCGACACCGAUGAGCAGAAUUGGAACGGCGGAAAUCUAGGUCAAUACUUAAGCAUCAGUGCCACCAAUGACCCUCGAUACCUCCACGAGGAGGUGGGUGAUGAUUAUUGGUAUCACCACUAUUUCACCAGCCUCCGCGACAAUGUCCAAGACUGGAAGGCCAUCCGGAACAUUAUGUCGGAAGGUAAGCUGAGGAUUGUUGCGCGAUGGGAUGAGUCCCCGACAGAGUUCGACGAUGUUUUAAAUACCGAUGUCGUUAUGUGGGAGGAACGGAAUAGGCUUUUCGUAAGCGACGAUCCGAGAAUUGGUGACGGUCUCGGUCUUCGUCUGUCCGCAAGCCAAAAGAUGAGGCAACCGGGUGGCUUCGGUCGUAGUAAAGAAAAGAAGGCGAAGGACAAGCCGGCUAGUCCGUUGCUACUUACGGCUUGCCGGAGACCAAGGGUUGAGAAGUCAUCAGCAAAGAAAGGAGGUAGGAACAAUGCGGAUGCCAAAAAAAUUGCUUCUGUUAAUGCUUGGAUGGAGCGGAGAUAG